CCAAAACGCAACAAUCCAUCCAUUGCACGCGUCGCAGCAAAUUUGCAGUGCGACAGCGGCAGCACAUGCGUUGCCCGCCAACUCAUGCAUCCGACCGCUUCACAGAAUCACAGGAAUCCUACCAAUCCCGAGCCGUGACAAAGAGAGGCUCCCAACGUACGCCCUGUCUGUCUGGCUCGGCGGCACGCUCACGGGCUCUCUUACUUCCUCCCGACCCUUCUUCACAAGCUCGAAGAAUCGAGCGACCGAUGAGGGAAAUGGCUGCUGCUUGCAGCUUCCUGCAGGCGGUGCUGCUCUGGGCGGCGCUGUGGCAGGUGCUCUCGCCGUGGACGCGCGCUGCAGCGGCCGCGGCCGCGGCCGCGGCCACGGCAGAGAAGCCCAAGGCCGCGGCGGCGCCGGUGGUGGCCGGGCCGGUCUCCAGGGUGGAGGCCGCGAGGAUGUUUCAGAUAUACUACGGACAGGGCUUCAAGGUCAUCAAGAACGCCGGCGAUGGCAAGAGCUACCUUCUCAUGCAGAACAUGUCGAAGAUGGCGUCGAAGACAAAGUAUUGCACGGGGAGGAUCAAGUCGUUCGUUAUCCCUCUCGCCAACUUCUCCAUCGACACAACGGCUUCUCCAGUGUCAUUCUUUGAGCUACUCGGAGUGCUAGAAAACCUGAAGGGAAUAACAUCAAAUCAAGUUGCUUCUCCGUGUGUGCUCCAAUCUUAUACAGGUGGAAAUAUACAACUUGUGGAUAGGACCGAUGCACAGAAACUCACGCAGUUUAGUGCACAUUUCAUGAACAAUAUAGAUGAAGAUAAAGGUUGCAACUUUGCAGCAUUUGUGCCCUUAGAGGAGGAUACACCAUUGCAGAGCGCUGAAUGGAUCAAGUACUUGGGAACUUUCACAAACUCCGAAGACAGGGCUAAUUCUGUAUAUGAUGCAAUAAAGGCAAACUAUUUAUGCUUAAAAAAAGCAGCUGCAAACCUUAGCACAAGAUUCAAGCCUAUAGUAGCAUGGAUUGAAUACACACAGGGAAUGUGGACAUUUGUCAAAGAAAGUUACCAAUUACAGUAUCUCACAGAUGCAGGAGCAGAAAUUGUUGACGCAACUAUUACAAAUAAGAGAUUUAAUAGUUCAGAUCCAGAGGAUAUGGACAACUUUCAUGCUAUUCUUUGUACAGUGGACGUGGUCAUAGAUCAGACACAUUCUUCAGAGCCUGCAGAAUACAAACUAUCCACAUUUUUGGAGAAUAUUAAUGUUAGCCACGACUGUUGUUUUAGUUUUGUGGCGAACCACAGAAUAUGGAGAUUUGACAAACGAAUCGGAGAUUCCAGGACACUUGGUAAUGGAAGUUAUCCUCUUUUUUCUAUGCUCAAGAAAAUAAGCGGAUUGGUACGAUGGAGCUAUCUCCCAGCCCCAGUUGGUUCUUGCAGAUCUAAUAGAAGUUUUCUUCCCAACAGGGAACUACACAACAAUUUACUUCAGAAACCUUGCAAAGGAUGAAGGGGUCACAGAAAUUGGCCCUGAAAUGUGCACUAGGAGCAUAUCCACACCCAUGGAGCCUACAAUCUUGCCCUGCCAAUGAUGAAGCAAAAUGAACAUGAAGAACUUUCAGUUCUCGAAAAGAAAAAUAUGACGAACCUUUCAAGCUACUGUGCUCGCAAACAAUGGCAACUGAUUGGUAGAAGUGUUCUAGGCCACUGACAAAUUGGUUUGAACAAAAGUGUUCGUUCAAAGGAUUAGAUUGCACAGUUGAUAAGAUACAUUGAAUUUUCUUCAAAAGAAAAAUUAUUGAGCAGCAAUGGUUAUUUGAUCUGUUGAUCAUUCAAUAAGUGAUUAAAAACCAAUACCAAGUUAUCCAAGUUAAAGGAUUUGAUGUAAUUAUCCAAUAACCCAAUAUCAUAUCUGCAUUUGUAUUUAUAUUUUCUUGAAUGAU